AUGAAUUCGACCAACUGUACAAGAACAACUGAAUUUAUCCUUGCUGGACUGCCAAACGUUACAGGGAUGGAAAGGGUGAUGUAUGCCAGUGUCUUUUUGCUUUAUCUCCUGUGUCUGAUGGGCAACGGGCUCCUCAUUAUGACGGUAAUGGUGGACCGCCAUCUCCAAAAGCCCAUGUAUUUCUUCCUUAGCAACCUUUCUUUCAAAGACAUCGGGCACACCACAACAUUCAUACCCAAGCUGUUGCUCAAUUAUGUCUCUUCUAACAAUUCCAUCUGUUUCUACUGCUGCGUGAUACAGUUGUGCUUCUACUUCUUUUUUGGAGUGACUGAGUUUUUCAUCAUCACUUUGAUCUCCUUGGACAAAUACGUGGCCAUUUGCCAUCCUUUGAGACACUCCACUAUCAUGACCUCAUGGGUCUGCCUUAAACUGGCAAUUGCAGCCUGGUUUGGCGGAUUUUUCUCCAUAAUUUUCCAGGUCGUGAUGAUUGCAAACUUGCCCUACUGCACUUCCAACGUUGUCAAUCAUUUCUAUUGCGAUGUCGGACCCGUGCUGAAGAUUGCAGGAGGAGAUACCCGUCUCAUAGAAGCCCUUGGCUUUCUUGUUGCUGUGGUGGUUGUUGUGUCUUCUUUGGUUUUCACCCUCAUUUCCUACCUCUUCAUCAUCUACACCAUUCUUCGAAUGCCUUCAGCCUCCAGUCAGCAGAAGGCCUUUUCGACCUGUGCUUCACACCUGGUGGUGGUCAGCCUUUUGUACGGAUCGGUCUUUUUUGUCUACUUAAGACCAACUAUCAAGAACUCUUCCUUCAGUAUGACAAAGUCUGUCGCCAUACUGUAUACUUUUAUCAUCCCUGUGCUCAACCCUUUCAUCUACAGCAUUAGGAACAAUGAAGUGAAGGAUUCUGUACAUAAAAUGAUAGGAAGAAAGGUUUCAAGGCUCUGA